AUGAGCGUGGUGUACGAUGUGAUGGAACUGGCCCGGGUGUAUGAGCGUUUUUUUUUUAAAGGCACACUCGACCAUUUGUACCAAUUCCUAAAGCAAAAGGAUGCCAUCAAAAGUGCAAAAACAGCUAAAGGAACUACAAUUCUGUCGCAAUUAAGGACAAAUGUCCAUGAAGAAAUGGAGAAGCUGCUCUUGGUAUGGUUGAAAGAGAAGGAACUAGCGGGAGAUACAGUGACGGAGAGUAUAAUUUGCGAAAAGGCUCGCGUUAUUUACGCAGAUUUGAAGAAGGAAGAGGCAUCAACUUCAGAAGGGGGAGCAGAAGACACGUUUAAGGCAAGUCGUGGGUGGUUCGAUAAUUUUAAGAAGAGAAGUGGCAUUCAUUCGGUGGUGAGGCAUGGUGAAGCUGCGAGUGCCGAUGUAAAGGGAGCUGAAAGGUACAUCGUCGAGUUCGCUGAGCUUAUUGAGGAGGAAGGCUACAUCCCGCAACAAGUCUUUAACUGCGAUGAGACGGGAUUAUUUUGGAAAAAAAUGCCACGGAGGACAUACAUCACCGAAGAGGAGACGAAGAUGCCAGGCCAUAAACCCAUGAAGGACCGUCUGACCCUUGCAUUGUGUGCAAAUGCUAGUGGUGACUGUAAAGUAAAGUCACUGCUAGUCUACCAUUCUGAAAAUCCUCGAGCGUUCAAGUCACACAAAAUUCUGAAAGAAAAACUGCACGUAAUGUGGUGCGCGAAUGCAAGGGCAUGGGUUACGCGGCAGUUCUUUACAGAUUGGGUAAACCUCGUCUUCGGUCCUUCAGUGAAGGAAUAUCCUCAAAAGAAUAACCUCCCACUGAAAGCCUUAUUAAUUUUGGAUAAUGCUCCGGCCCACCCACCUGGUCUUCAAGAUGACAUUCUCGAGGAGUUCCAGUUUGUGAAAGUCCUCUACCUCCCACCCAACCCACGACUUCCAUCCUGCACCAAUGGAUCAGCAUGGUCAUUGCAAAUUUAA